GUAUAAAUACGGGAGUAACGAAAGAAAGCGGCAUCAGAGUUCUGUAUUGGACAUCAUGAAGUUAUUCGUUAUUCUCGCUUUGGCUGUCGCCUCUGUUUCGGCUGGAACCAUCCUGCCCGAGCAGAAUUACAUCCACCCCCGUCAAUUGCCCGCUGUGAUCAGCGGCGAAGGACGCAUUACCAACGGCCAAGAUGCUGCUGAAGGUCAAUUCCCCUACCAAGUCGGUCUAAGCUUCUCCAGCUCCAGCGGUGGCUGGUGGUGCGGUGGCUCCGUGAUUGGUACUGAAUGGGUUUUGACUGCUGCUCACUGCACCAGCGGUGCUUCCAGUGUUACCGCCUACUUGGGCGCCACCAUUCGCACCAGCCCCAAGGUUCAAUACACCGUAUCCAGCGGCAACUUCCAUCAACAUGCCAGCUACAACUCGAUCCUCUUGAGAAACGACAUCUCCCUGAUCAAGAUCCCCUCUGUGACCUUCACCAGCUACAUCCAAAAGGUCCGUCUUCCCGCUAUGGCUUCCUCCUACUCGACCUAUGCUGGCCAAAGAGCCGUUGCCUCCGGCUGGGGUUUGACUUCUGAUUCCGCCACUGCUGUUGCCUCCAAAUUGCAAUAUGCCUACAUGGAUGUCAUCACCAACAGUGUGUGUGCCAACACCUAUGGCAGCUUGACCAUCACCGAUAAAACUAUUUGCACUGCCACCCCCAAGGGUACAUCCACCUGCAGUGGUGAUUCUGGCGGCCCCUUGGUCUUGGUUAGCGAAAAUAUCUUGGUUGGUGUUACCUCCUUCGUCUCUACUGCUGGCUGCCAAUCUGGUGCUCCUGCCGGUUUCGUUCGCGUCACCAGCUACUUGGAUUGGGUUAAGGGUAUUACUGGUAUUUCUUACUAAAACAUUAAAAAUAAAUAAAUUAUUUGGGAUUUAAAUCGAGAA